GUUAGCUCGGCGAAGUCAGGUUCGCUAGUGAGUCAGGUGCGUCGAUUUCUUGCAGCUUGUUGGUCCGAUUUGUCCGAAGGCAGGCACAAAUUGUUUCGCGUGGACGCCCCUGAUCCAUCGAAAAUUCCAGUUCAAGAUCUCGUUGGUGUUACUGUUCUCCUGCUGCGUUGCAAGUACAAUGGACAGGAAUUCAUUAACUUGGAUGGUUGUCUCACAAUGGAUAUUAGGAUCCGGAGUUGGAAGGAGAAUCCUCCAGCGAAACCGCUGAUCGAGAAGUUAACAAGGACAGUUCAAAUAGAUGAUCUGCGAGUUACAUCAUUCCCGAUAAAGUGGGAUGAGAAUCAGCCCGAUGAAUAUCCACCAGAGCCCGAACAGGGAGAAAUUGAUGAGGCGGAUCUUAUUCCAGUAGAGGAUCCUGUUGAUGAUGAAGAAAAACUGGAAGAUGAGGAGGAAGCUGACGUUAAUGGCGGAGAGGAGGUGGAUCUGGAAGAGAGCAUGGAAAACGACGAAGUGCAAGAUGAAGAAAAUGAAGAGGUGCAGAAUGGCGAUGUCGAAGAUAACGAAGUGGACAAAAAGAACGGUGAAGAUGAUUCUGCCGAUGUCCCUGGCGAUGUGGAAAUGACAGAUGGUUCGGGGGAGACAUCAGGAAACACUUCAGCCACUGAAAACGUUGCUGAGAAUGGAGCAGUUCCAAAGGAAGACAAAGCCGAUCUCAAAGAAGCCGAUCUGGAGUGGGAAUUGGUGUACGUAGGCUCGGCGAAGUCUAGCUCCUAUGAUCAGGUGCUCGAUUCUGCACUUGUUGGUCCAGUUCCAGAAGGCAGGCACAAAUUUGUUUUCGCAGUGGACGCCCCUGAUCCAUCGAAAAUUCCAGUUCAAGAUCUCGUUGGUGUUACUGUUCUCCUGCUGCGUUGCAAGUACAAUGGACAGGAAUUCAUUAACUUGGGAUGGUUCGUCUCAAAUGACUAUGAGGAUCCUGAGUUGAAAGAGAAUCCUCCAGCGAAACCGCUGAUCGAGAAGUUAACAAGGACAGUUCAAAUAGAUGAUCUGCGAGUUACAUCAUUCCCGAUAAAGUGGGAUGAGAAUCAGCCCGAUGAAUAUCCACCAGAGCCCGAACAGGGAGAAAUUGAUGAGGCGGAUCUUAUUCCAGUAGAGGAUCCUGUUGAUGAUGAAGAAAAACUGGAAGAUGAGGAGGAAGCUGACGUUAAUGGCGGAGAGGAGGUGGAUCUGGAAGAGAGCAUGGAAAACGACGAAGUGCAAGAUGAAGAAAAUGAAGAGGUGCAGAAUGGCGAUGUCGAAGAUAACGAAGUGGACAAAAAGAACGGUGAAGAUGAUUCUGCCGAUGUCCCUGGUUUGAUCUAUUGA